AUGUCGUUUAAAAAACAAACAAAGACACCAACUUCAUGGUUUCCAGGUUUGAAAAAAGAAAGAGAUUUAUCACAUCAUAAAGAAAGGUAUUGCACUCAAUAUGAUGUAAUAAAAGUAAAUGCAUAUGGAAAAAGACAACAAAGAACAUUGGCAGUUAGUUCAUUAGGAGUUUCAAAUUUAAAUGGACAAUCAUGUCAAUGGUUUGUUAGAAAUUCAGAUGUUUAUAGUAUUGAGCAAGAUCCAACUGAUUCACAUAAAUUUUCAUUAACAUUUUUACAUCGAUAUCAUUUUGAAGCAGAAACACCAGAACAAGCCAAAAGUAUAAUAUCGGAAUUUAAAAGAUUAGGAGUUGGAUCACCAUCUGGUGGUGGUGGUGGUGGAAGUGGUGUUAGUAGCAAUGGUUCGAAUAGUACUGCCACCAGUCCAAAUACAAGUCCAAUAAGAUUAUAUGUUAGUGAUCCAUCGAAUCAACCAACGUCAUCAUCACCACCUCCACAACCACCAUUAUCAGAGAGUGUUGGUGUACAUAGAUCAAGUCCAAUGUUAAGUAGUAGUAGAAUGAUUAGUCAAUUAUCUCAAAGUACUAGUGAAAAUAAUAUAUCAUCACCAACAUAUCAUCCACAAGGUUUAUCAGGUAGCAGUACAAGUAGUUCAUCGGCAAGUGGCGGUGGUGGUAAUAAUAAUAAUGCUAAUAAUUCAACACCACCAAAUUUAAUAGCAUCAUCAGCAAGUAAUAGUAGUCUUUAUUCAUCAUCAAUUAAUAGUAGUGGUAUUAUAAAUAGUUCAAAUAAUAAUAGUAGUAUUUCAUUUAAUAAUAAUAAUAAUAAUAAUAAUAGUAAUUUAACAACUACAACAACAACAACGUCAACAUUUAAAACACCAACAUUACCAAUAUCACAAGCAUCAAAAUUUAAUAAUGAAAGUGAAUCAAUGGGAUUAAGUCCAUUAACACCAAAUUCUAAUUCUCAAACUGCAUUAAUGCAACAUAUUAAUGCAAUGCCAAAUACACCAAAUAGUAACUCAACCGAGGGUUCAAGAGUUUGGAAAAUUAGAGCAGAAGAAUUGAAAAAACAAUUCCUUUUAAAGAAAAGUUCGAAAUCAACUCAAACUGUAGCAACAACAACACCAACACCAAUUACAAAAGCUGAUAUUAAAAUAGUUUUAGAUGAUAAUAAAGAUGAUAAAAAUAAAGAUAAUAAUAUUGGUAGUGGUGGUAGUGGUAAUAGUAGUAGUAAAAUUAAUAAAGAAAAAGAUAAUCCUUAUAUUAAUCAACCAUCAUCAUUACCAUCAAAUAAUAAUAGUAAUAAUAAUAAUAUAACAAAAUCAAAUUCAACUACCACAUCCCAAACAAAUGAUAAAAAAGAUGUUUGUUCAAGUACAAUCAAUUUUGAUAAUUUAGAAGUUUCAUCAUCAUCAGAUCGUGAUUUAUCAUCAUCAAAGAGUUUAAAUAAAAAGAAUAAACAAAGUAUAAAGAAAUUAACAAUUGAUGAUUUUGAACUAUUAAAAGUAUUAGGAGUUGGAUCAUUUGGUAGAGUUUAUUUAGUACGUAGAAAAGAUACAGGUAAAUUCUAUGCUAUGAAAGUAUUGAAUAAGAAGGAUAUGUUGAAAAAGAAACAAAUUGCACAUACAAAUACAGAGAAGAUGGUAUUGUCAACGAUGGACCAUCCAUUUAUAGUUAGAUUACAUUUUGCAUUCCAAAAUGAGGAUUUCCUAUUCAUGUGUAUGGAUUAUGUACCAGGUGGUGAAUUAUUCCAUCAUUUACAAAAAGCUGGAAAAUUCCCUGAGGAAUUGGCAAAGUUUUAUAUAGCAGAGGUGAUUUGUUCAUUACAUUAUCUACAUUCCAAUAAUAUCAUCUAUAGAGAUAUUAAACCCGAGAACAUUCUAUUGGAUGAGGAGGGUCAUAUAAAAUUGACCGAUUUCGGUCUAAGUAAAUCUGGUAUCACAAGUGUGGUUGGUAGUAAAAAUGGUGGCGAAGGUGGAUUUGCAACCACAUUUUGUGGCACACCAGAAUAUUUGGCUCCGGAAAUUAUCACUGGCGCAGGCCAUGGUAAGGCAGCGGACUGGUGGUCUGUUGGUAUAUUAUUGUUUGAAAUGUUAACUGGAAGAUCACCAUUUUUAGCAAGCAACAGAAAUGAUAUGUAUAAAUCAAUGAUUCAAGGUAAUCUAAGAAUGCCAAUGUUCCUCUCAUCCGAUGCACAAGAUUUAUUGGAGAAACUAUUGGUACCCGACCCAAAUAAAAGGUUAGGCUCAACCCAAGGCUUUGAAGAGAUCUCUUCCCAUCCAUUCUUUGAGUUAAUACCUUGGAGAAUGUUGGAAAGUAAAAUGAUUACACCACCAUUCAAACCAACCAUUAAAGAAAUCUCAUUACCAAAUUCAAAUUCAAAUUCAAAUAAUAAUUCUCAACAACCAACAAAUAAUAAUUUAACUCUAAGUUGUGAUCCUGAAUUAAAUGCAAAAAUUAAUUUCCAAAGAAGAAAAUCAUCAGCUGCCAGUGUUUAUAAUUUAGAUUCUCCAUUUAAAAACUUUUCUUGGAAUAAAGAAGAGGAAGAUGGUAUUAUGGGCGAACGUGAAUCGAUUGGAUCGAUCUCAUCAAAUAAUUCAAUAUCAUCAUCACCAACUUCUUCUUCUCCAAUUAAUAAUAAUAAUAGUGGUGGUAGUAAUACCGCUGGUGGUCAUAGAAUUUUAACAAGAAAAAGUACAAUUGGAAAAAAUUUAAGAAAAGGAAGUGUUUAG